AUGACCGACGCUGCCGAAGUUUCCAAGACUGGCAACCGCAAGCGAAAGCUGUACGUUGCUUGCAAUGCUUGCCGCUUCCGGAAGGUCAAGUGCGAUCGAGAGUCUCGUCUUCAACAGGGACAUUCGGCAUGUACAAGAUGCGAGACCUCAUCCAUGGAGUGCCUUUUGACCGUCAACCCCCCAAAGACGCGCUUGGGCAAGCGGAUCAAGAUGCUUCAUGAGGAGCAGGAGGCUAGUGAGCCAUCCUCAAUCGACACACCGGAGAGCGCAACCGCAACCAAGCAUGACAGUCUGCAAGCUUGUCGUGCACCACUCUCGAACUCAACAAGCUCGUUUCAAGACGCGCUUGGAAUGUCGCCUGGCUUGACCGGCUUGCUCCAAACUGCCUCUGAGCAGCAGGCUGCUCGUGUUCACGAAGAGCCUGCCUUGCUGUCUACAGCUACGGAUGGCGGCAAUAUGCUUUUGUAUGCCGACGAUGCUCACCCGCACAACUGCAUCAUUCAGAAUAGCAUGUUCGCCGCUCUGGAUUCCAAUAAUGCAAAUGUCUUCCAUCUCUCUACGGGCAAUACGCCGGUCAACGAGGCCCACCAUCUUAUCCAUCAGUAUCAGUUUGAUGAUUCCUCAACAGCCGCUCCAGACUCGGCGUCUUCCGAGGUUGCACCCAUGUCAGCUACUGCAGCCGACUCGGACCAAUCGUCGCCCGAUGUGAUCGGCUCAAAGGUCACAAAUGGAGUCUCAGCCCAGUGCAACGCGCUCAAGCGACGCAAUCCGUUCGACCAGCCUUCUCUGAACCUUGCGACCGGACAAGUCGGCUUUGUCGGUGGCUUGCUCGGUAUCGCAUCGCUCGACAAGCACAUCUUGGAUCUUUGCGUAAGAGCCUACUUCGAGAGCAUGGGCCGUUGCAUUGGCUUCAUCCGUCCCGAGUGGUUCUGGCCUCGAUACCACGCUUUCUUUUCCCGCUAUAGCGGAUUGUAUGUGGAGGCAAUAUCAGACCCAAACGAACAGCCAGUCUCGGAGCUUCUCAUCAUCGCCCUAGCCUGUCGUGGAGCGGGAGCUACUCAGUUUGCCAACCGCUUCGAGCUGCAAAAGGACCUUUUUGAUCACUACCGCAGGUUGAUCAAGGACCAGGAUCGACUGGUGCGUGAUGGGUUCGACGCGUUGGAAUCCGUCAUUCUCAUGUCCGAACACGCCGACUGCGAGCCUAAAUCGAUUCCAGAUCCCAUGUCCGCACAAGGCGUGUACGACGUCGACAUCUUGUCACACGAAGGACUCAUACGACUGAUGAAGAAGCUCGAGCUGCAUCGCGACAAACCCUUCGGCACUCGUCUCGAAGGCCGAGAUGCAAUCCGGCAGCGGCUCCUAUUCUGGACCAUCUACGUCUUCGACGCCAUCCGAGCCGAAGGAGGACGCACGAUGCCGCUUAUUGAGGAGCACGACAUCAGUCUGGCUCACACGUUUCCAGAACUCGCUACCACUACAACCGAUGCAACGCCCAUCGCAUUCAGCAAGUACUUUGUCGAGCUCUCCAACAUUUGCCGCUACGUGGCGUACAACAUCCUUUCUCCUCAGGCCCGUAGAGACGGCAUUGAACCUCGAGAUCUGUUCCGGGUGCUCGAUGACUUGGAAGCAUGGCACGAUAACCUCGGACCCUCGUUGACAUGGGACUGGAACGACAUGCUGCACAUCACCGGCCCCAAACAUCCAGAAGAUCAAACUCGGCGCAGCUUUCUCCUCUUCCUCUUUCUAGGACAGUGGGCGGCACUCGACCUGGCCGUCGAAGAGAUCGGAUUUUCUUCAACCUGCGAUGCCAAAUCCAAAGAAGAAGCGAAACGACGACUAGAGCACGAGGUGCAGAUGGCGCUCGACCGACAAGUGUUGGUCUGCGAUCAUGGAACGCUGUUUGGCAUCAUCCGUCUACAUCCGGGCAUGAUGCAGUCGUGGUCCCUGGGCUGGGCGUUCUGGUGCAUCAAGCGCAUGGGAGGUAUCCUGAAGCAAAAGGACGAGGCAAUGCUCGCACGUGCCAAAGCGAACCAGGCUUUUCAGAGAUAUCAGUCAGCCGUAGUCUGCUUUAUCAACGCGGCUGCCAGCUGCGAUAGUGUGUCACAGACGCCCGAAAGGGUGCAGCAGCUCAUGACUGCACUCAAAGGCGUCAUCGAAGCGAGAAAGUCGAGCAGCCUUGCGUUCAAGAACGUAUAG